GGUCGCGCCUGCGCACUGGCAGCUGGCCGGGCGCUCGCAGUGGGAGCUGCUGCAGGCUCCGCGGCGGCGGCGGCGGCAACGGAGGCUGCGGGGGCGGCGGCGCGAGCGGCCGGGCUUGGUAGGGGAGCCGAGCCCGGCCCGGGAUCCCGAGCAGCGAGAGUGCGGGGUACCUAGGCCCCUCACGCUGGACUUCACAGUCUCCGGGCCGCCUGACCUCCGCACGGGUAUAUGGGAUGGAAGCGGGACCCUCGGGAGCAGCUGCGGGCGCUUACCUGCCCCCCCUGCAGCAGGUGUUCCAGGCACCUCGCCGGCCUGGCAUUGGCACUGUGGGGAAACCAAUCAAGCUCCUGGCCAAUUACUUUGAGGUGGACAUCCCUAAGAUCGACGUGUACCACUACGAGGUGGACAUCAAGCCGGAUAAGUGUCCCCGUAGAGUCAACCGGGAAGUGGUGGAAUACAUGGUCCAGCAUUUCAAGCCUCAGAUCUUUGGUGAUCGCAAGCCUGUGUAUGAUGGAAAGAAGAACAUUUACACUGUCACAGCACUGCCCAUUGGCAACGAACGGGUCGACUUUGAGGUGACAAUCCCUGGGGAAGGGAAGGAUCGAAUCUUUAAGGUCUCCAUCAAGUGGCUAGCCAUUGUGAGCUGGCGAAUGCUGCAUGAGGCCCUGGUCAGCGGCCAGAUCCCUGUUCCCUUGGAGUCUGUGCAAGCCCUGGAUGUGGCCAUGAGGCACCUGGCAUCCAUGAGGUACACCCCUGUGGGCCGCUCCUUCUUCUCACCGCCUGAGGGCUACUACCACCCGCUGGGGGGUGGGCGCGAGGUCUGGUUCGGCUUUCACCAGUCUGUGCGCCCUGCCAUGUGGAAGAUGAUGCUCAACAUUGAUGUCUCAGCCACUGCCUUUUAUAAGGCACAGCCAGUGAUUGAGUUCAUGUGUGAGGUGCUGGACAUCAGGAACAUAGAUGAGCAGCCCAAGCCCCUCACGGACUCUCAGCGCGUUCGCUUCACCAAGGAGAUCAAGGGCCUGAAGGUGGAAGUCACCCACUGUGGACAGAUGAAGAGGAAGUACCGCGUGUGUAAUGUUACCCGUCGCCCUGCUAGCCAUCAGACAUUCCCCUUACAGCUGGAGAGUGGACAGACUGUGGAGUGCACAGUGGCACAGUAUUUCAAGCAGAAAUAUAACCUUCAGCUCAAGUAUCCCCAUCUGCCCUGCCUACAAGUUGGCCAGGAACAAAAGCAUACCUACCUUCCCCUAGAGGUCUGUAACAUUGUGGCUGGGCAGCGCUGUAUUAAAAAGCUGACCGACAACCAGACCUCGACCAUGAUAAAGGCCACAGCUAGAUCUGCUCCAGACAGACAGGAGGAGAUCAGUCGCCUGAUGAAGAAUGCCAGCUACAACUUAGAUCCCUACAUCCAGGAAUUUGGGAUCAAAGUGAAGGAUGACAUGACGGAGGUGACAGGGCGAGUGCUGCCGGCGCCCAUCUUGCAGUACGGCGGCCGGAACCGGGCCAUUGCCACACCCAAUCAGGGUGUCUGGGACAUGCGGGGGAAACAGUUCUACAAUGGGAUUGAGAUCAAAGUCUGGGCCAUCGCCUGCUUCGCACCCCAAAAACAGUGUCGAGAAGAGGUGCUCAAGAACUUCACAGACCAGCUGCGGAAGAUUUCCAAGGAUGCAGGGAUGCCUAUCCAGGGUCAACCUUGUUUCUGCAAAUAUGCACAGGGGGCAGACAGCGUGGAGCCUAUGUUCCGGCAUCUCAAGAACACCUACUCAGGGCUGCAGCUCAUUAUUGUCAUCCUGCCAGGGAAGACGCCGGUGUAUGCUGAGGUGAAACGUGUCGGAGAUACACUCUUGGGAAUGGCUACGCAGUGUGUGCAGGUGAAGAACGUGGUCAAGACCUCACCUCAGACUCUGUCUAACCUCUGCCUCAAGAUCAAUGUCAAACUUGGUGGCAUUAACAACAUCCUAGUCCCACACCAGCGCUCUGCCGUUUUUCAACAGCCAGUGAUAUUCCUGGGAGCAGAUGUUACACACCCCCCAGCAGGGGAUGGGAAAAAACCUUCUAUCACAGCAGUGGUAGGCAGUAUGGAUGCCCACCCCAGCCGAUACUGUGCUACUGUGCGGGUACAGCGACCACGGCAAGAGAUCAUUGAAGACUUGUCCUACAUGGUGCGUGAGCUCCUCAUCCAAUUCUACAAGUCCACCCGUUUCAAGCCUACCCGCAUCAUCUUCUACCGAGAUGGGGUGCCUGAAGGCCAGCUACCCCAGAUACUCCACUAUGAGCUACUGGCCAUUCGUGAUGCCUGCAUCAAACUGGAAAAGGACUACCAGCCUGGGAUCACUUAUAUUGUGGUGCAGAAACGCCAUCACACCCGCCUUUUCUGUGCUGACAAGAAUGAGCGAAUUGGGAAGAGUGGUAACAUCCCAGCUGGGACCACAGUGGACACCAACAUCACCCACCCAUUUGAGUUUGACUUCUAUCUGUGCAGCCACGCAGGCAUCCAGGGCACCAGCCGACCAUCCCAUUACUAUGUUCUUUGGGAUGACAACCGUUUCACAGCGGAUGAGCUCCAGAUCCUGACGUACCAGCUGUGCCACACUUACGUACGAUGCACACGCUCUGUCUCUAUCCCAGCACCUGCCUACUAUGCCCGCCUUGUGGCUUUCCGGGCACGAUACCACCUGGUGGACAAGGAGCAUGACAGUGGAGAGGGGAGCCACAUAUCGGGGCAGAGCAAUGGGCGGGACCCCCAGGCCCUGGCCAAAGCCGUGCAGGUUCACCAGGAUACUCUGCGCACCAUGUACUUCGCUUGAAGGCAGAACGCUGUUACCUCACUGGAUAGAAGAAAGCUUUCCAAGCCCCAGGAGCUGUGCCACCCAAAUCCAGAGGAAGCAAGGAGGAGGGAGGUGGGGUAGGGAGGAGUGUAGGAUGCCUUGUUUCCUUCUAUAGAGGUGGUGUAAGAGUGGGGAACAGGGCCAGCAAGACAGACCACCAGCCAGAAAUCUCUGAUAUCAACCUCAUGUCCCCCACCCCUUACCCCAUCUUGUCACAUCUGGCCCUGACCCCACUGGACCAAAAGGGGCAGCACUGGUGCCCACCAUACACACAGGUGUCUCAUGUGACUCACAGUGCUAAAGACUCAUGCUUGACAGCUUGGUAAGGUCAACUCUGUAGCCCUGCAGACAAAAGCUGGUUAGGUUUGAGUUUGAUACUUUAGAUGGGAAAGUGAGGGGCUUGAGAAAGUGGGUGGGAGGAGGGAAGGAUUUUUUAGGAGCCUUAAUCAGAAAAGGACUAGAUUUGUUUAAGAAGAAAAAUGAAACCAGACCCAGAUCAAUAUUUUAGGAUACUAGAUGUUUUAAUGGGUUCAGAAUCCAGUUUGUAGGAAGAUUUUUUAAUGGUUUUGGUUGCUCCUCCCCCAGCUGCCACCCCCCACCUUACCCUUAUUCCUCUCUGUCCACAUUUUCUGCCCCACCUUACUUCUCCUCCCUGACAGACAUCCAGCCCCUAGUAAUACUUAAGGCACUAUGGCACUUAGCUUUGAAGUGACACGACCCUGUCUUCCUUCCGCCCGCUGGUGGGUAACCAGUGCCUUCCCUGUAACGGUAAUGCUGCAGAACUGCAACCUUUUGUACCUUUCUUUGGGGAAUGGGGUGGGGGUGGGAGAGGAGGUAGAUGGGGAAGAAAUACCCCAGACCCAACAAACCUCCAGCCAGAAAGCCAGCUAUUUUGCAUUUGAAGGAAUUGACUUCCUCAUUCAUUGAGCUUUUUAAAAGAUCACAACCUCAAGAUGGUUAAAAUCCAUUGACAUUUGCACUUUCAAACAUGACAAGUCUCGGAGCUGCUGAGAUGACUGGCCCCUGGCCUUUCCACUUAUGCCUCCUUUUCUCCUUGUUCCUCCUACCUCCCGCCCCGCCCAGGUCUGGAGUUACUUUCAUAGCAUUUUUCACUCUUGGCUUCUUUUCUCCCUUGAUGGUCAAGUCUCUUGUUUCAAUAUUUCUUAACUGGGGUCUCUUAUAACAAAAAACUCUUAGGUCUAAAAUGAGAAAAAAGAGAGAAAACAAAAUGUUAUUUUUAUACCAUAACUUGAGUGUAUUGCCAAAAUUUGGAAAUCCUUCCCAUGCCUGAUGAGUUUAUAUCCCAGAAACAUUGAGCCAUCAGAAUGAACUGUGUACCUGAUUCGUUCUCUGACCUGGAUAGGUAGGGAGGGGGUGGUUAUCGCCCCAAGAUGGGGUCCAGGCUCCAUCCUUCCUCUGUGCAGAUAAUACCUUUUUCUUGUUAUAGCCUCCCUCCUCUGCACUGUCCUGCACUCUUUCUUGCAAGUGCAUCUUUUUCCUUCCCCUGGACUGUGCUCUGACCCUUUUGGCUCAUCCUAGAUUGCAGUGUGUCCUGUGGACAGGCUGGGGAAUUUUGCUGCUCCCUAUUGCUUCUGUUUACAAAAAUGAAUUUUUCCUGGUUUCCCACUAGGGCAUGUGGGUGGGUGGCAUGGGCUUUUUUUUUUUUUUUUUUUGUCUUGAGACAUGGGGUUUGGCUGUCUUGCAGGACUGGAGAAGGUGGUGGUUCUAGCUUGGUCUCUGUUGGCCUUGAAGCAAGCAUCCCCCCUGCCCUUUUUCCUUGACUGUUCAUUUUUUUCCUGCCCCACUGCUUGGGAUGGGGAGUUGCAACUUCAGUGUGGAAUUUCCUCUUUGAGGAGCCUGGGCUUGGAUCUAUCCUGAUCUGGUGAUGAAGCCAUGAUUACUUUAGACCUAGCCCAGGCUUGGAGGCCAGCUGGAGGAAGAAGGGUCUAAAUCCUGGCCUGUAGAGUUAGAACUACCAUUUCCUCCCCUUAGCUGCCCUUGUAUGACCCGGAUUUGCUAUGCAAAACAAUCUAUCCCAGGUUCUGUUCUGGUUGGCUACAUUGUUCAGCAGCUCACAAAACGUAGCACAAACAUUCAUUAUGGAGAAAGCAUCAGGACUGUUGAGUAACUCCUCCUUUACUUUUUUCCUGCUGGCUACAGCAUGGGGUGCCCUAUAGGCACAAGCCCAGCUGAAGAACAGAAUGGAGGGCUCUGGGAGGAGGCAGCUCACUGGAGAGCCUACAUUCCUUACACAAGUGCCUAAAGAGAGUGAUGCUAACACUCCAUCUGCCCUGUCCAUUGCCUUCAUAUACAGUCUACUUCGUGUUCUGUCACCCUUUGGGGAGGGGAGUUCUCCUGGGACAGUGGGCUCUGCAUGUUCUCCACUUGGAUACAUUUUGGGGCUAGGAUCAGGGCACUAUUCCUGGAGGGUCCAGUCAUUCACCAGCAUUUGCAAAUGUCCAUAGGGAGCAGGUGGCAGCCUCUACUCCCAGCAACAAGUUUGUGUUCUCUCCUUUUCUCUCUUUGCCUCACUCUCUCCAGUUGGUUUUCAGCUGGGGCUUGAAAUGCAUUUUUAGCCCUUUGAUGUGGCAUAUGCCAUUCAAGAAAUAAAAAGCAAGAGAAUCAGCUUUGGGCAAUGACAAGAAAUGAGUUCUUACUCUGAUUUUUUUGUAAAAAGAUAAUUUUUGAGACUUGAAAAAUACCCCGACCUUGAGAUUAUUCCUGUUUGAAAGGUGGUGCAUGCAGAUGGAGAAGUGGUGUUGGCAGCAAGCUUUGGCUCAUGUGGAUUUGGUUUAAGUGGUGCUUCUUACCCCAGCUUCAAGGAAGUGCUUGGGGGACCCCCAGCCUCAUCCUCUUAGUUGGGUCUCUUGUUCCCUUUGUACCACUGUUUUGCCUUCCUUUUCCUCUUCUCUCUUUGCCUGGCUUCCUUUCCCUUUUCUUCUAUUCACUCUGCUUGCUUGCUGGCCGGCCUGCCUGCCUGCCUGCCUGUCUGCCUAUGUGAUGAUGAAAUCUCUGCAUGGCUGCAAUGAUCCCACUGUUAGCUGGCAGGGUCAGGCUUAGCUCCUUGACUGCAGAAGACCAAGAACCUGUUCCCCAAGCCCAGAGAUGUCCACCUGGGCUGGACUGCCCUCAAGCUUAUACUAGAGAAGAGCAACUGACCUGCCCAACUUGUGUGAAGUCAGGAGGGUUUCUGGCAUUUUCCACACCUGUCCACUCCUUGGAGCUGGUUUCUCUCAUUGCUUUUUCUAAAUCUGGUUCUUUUUCUCUUUAACUGGGGCCUGGCUUUUCUGAGAUUGUCUUAGGGUUGAGCUAUUUGGGUAUCCUGGGUUUGAGUGUUAGGGGAUGGACAUAAAGGAAAAAGAGUGAUGAGAAGAGAAUGGAGAGAAUUUGAAUAAAAGGUGGGAAAGGAGAGCACUGUUCUUUGAUUGUUUAUCCAGUCCAACCUGAUCCAUUAGGGAUUGAGGUGCUACACUGGCCUCCAGGGAUAAGCCUGGGGCUACUGUUGCUGGUAACUUAGGCUUAACAUAAAGCCGAAGAAGGUACCUAGAAAUUUGAAACUUCCCUAAAAAGCUCCUAAUGCCCACCUGCUAGAUAGCUUCUCUGUGGCCUCCUAUUUAGCUAAGCAGCAGUGUUUUUGGAUACUUUUUUUUUCUGUUUGUGAAUAAGGCCAGCACUCAAGAUGGGCAGCCAAGGGCGCACUGACUAUUAGCUGGCCCAUAGGAUAUCUGUAAGGCUGGUGGGACAGUUUUGGACCUGGAAUCAUGUGUAACUAACAAGGUUGGACGUUUCUUCCCCAUCAGGGUAGAAAAAUCAUCUCAAACUAGCCAAAAGGCAGUUUUGGAAACUACAUUGGGGGACGUUAUUUUUAUUUAUAUAUGGGGCCUAGGCCAAUCCAGGAUGGUAGCUGGAAUACCUUCCUUCUUAAAAUCUGAUCAUGGCAGGGAUAUGCAGGGCACUUUUUACUAUUUGGCCUUCUAAGCAGAUUGGGAAGGAGGUAUUUUCUGGUUUUCACUUUCCUCCGACUUAGUAGGACUUGCCUUCUCCCUGGGCAGGGAGAGAGGCUGGGUUGGUGCUCUCCCCUUACUCUAUUCAUACUGACUUAGAGCCUCUGGCUGCUGUUUGGGCGUCCAAGAAAGGGAGGGGAAGGAAUGAGCCAAAAACAAAACAGAAUGAGGUGGGAAAGGGAGAUUUUCUUCUUUACAGGGGAAAAUAGGAAACCCUCCAAGAAUUGUGCAAGUAAAGACAUUUGUUGAAUGCACUGAGUCCCUUGGUGUAGUAGCAAUAAGGAAAAAUGAAAUUACUUUCCUGUGCACACAGUCCAGCCUAAUUGGUAUGUGAUGUUGCACUUAGCAGCCAUGUGGUGGGCAUGUGUGACUACUCUGGUUUUCACUUUAGUUUCUAAACUUUUUAUCCCUCUCAAGUCCAGCAUGGAUGGGGAAAUGUCUCUGGAUCCCCACAGCUGUGUACUUGUUUGCAUUUGUUUCCCUUUGAGAUUUGUGUUUGUGUCCUGCUUUGAGCUGUACCUUGUCCAGUCCAUUGUGAAAUUAUCCCAGCAGCUGUAAUGUACAGUUCCUUCUGAAGCAAGCAGCAGCAGCAGCAGCAGCACAAUUCUGUGUUUUAUAAAGACAACAGUGGCUUCUAUUUCUAAAGUGCGGUCUUUCUCUUUUUUUUUCCUACCAGCAAAACAAACUUUUGGGACUGAUUACAUCUCUAAUAGAUUUUAGGUGAGAAUAAUACUGUAGAUUGUUAUGCAGGAAUACUUCACAGAGCCUUCAUUUAUUCUUCAUUCAACAAACAUGCAAAGCACUGUGCCAGCAGUAUUGUGGGGAGGGGAGGCACAAUUCAAAAUGAGGAAAAUAGUGUCCGUCUCAUUAAGGGAAUUAAGUUUGGUGGGGGAUAUGAUUAGCCAAAUAGUCCCCUGGCAUAGGAGGAAGAUAAUGAGGGAGUGGAAUAAGGCUACAACAACGAAUAUAGGGAGGAAGGGACAGAUUUGAGAGACGAGGUAGAAUUAAUAGGAUUCGAUGGCUGGUGGGAGGAGAAGACAGGAGUAGAGGUUAGCUCCCAGGUUUCUCCUUGACCAUAGGAGUGUGUUGGGACAUUCUGCCAGUCAAGAUGGGGAUGACGGGGAGACUGUAGAAGGAAGGUGGGGAGUUUUUGAAGAAAUACAAUGUUGUAUAGACUGAGUUUUGAGGUGUUUGUGGGGCAGUAAGGGUAAGGUGUCCAGUAAACACAGGUUGGUGCUCAGGUAAGACUGUAAAACUGCAUUUAUAGAUAUGGGAGUCUUAUAGAUGGUAGUUAAAGCCAUAGGCAUGAAUGAGAUAGCUUAGAAAAAGAGAAGAGAAACAUAGUAUACAGCCCCCUAAGAAACUCAAUUUAAAGGUUCGGGGGAGGAAGCAGAUCUUAAGGUGACAGAUCACUGGUAGACAGUUUGUGGGUUUUUUGUUUCUUUGUUUAACCAGUUUAGUGAGGUAGGAGAAGAAAUCAGAGUAGAAGAAGGUUCAUGAAGGGAGUGAUUAACAACAUGAACUGCUGCAGAGAGGGAGUUCUUUUUUGUGUGUGUGUUUUACCUUUCUACUCCCCAUCUUUUGGGGAUCUUGUAACUCUAUGACUUACUUAUGUUAUUCUCCAGUAUUUCUUGAAAAUGAGCAUUGGAAAGACCAAUUCUAAAAUGGCUAAAACUAGGACUUUCAAGUUCACCACAACUACCACCAAUUAGGAGAUAAUUGUAAAAGAAUAAACAAAACCUAAUUUUGUUCCUAGCCAAUAUUAUAAACCAUGUUCCAGCAUACUAGAUAAUAGUAGCAUACUAUAUUUAUUUCCAUAAUUUGUCUUCCUUAGAGCCUAUGAACUCCUAGGAGCAGAAGCUAUAUUCUCUUCAUUUUUGUCAUCUCAGGGUCAUGGCAUAUACCAACAGAUCAGUAUGUGCAAAUAUAAUUGAAAUAGGCUAGUAGUCUGUGGUUUAUGAUAUGGGCUGGGUGGGCAGUGGAUCAAGAAGUGAUAGGAGUACACAGGAUGAACUCAGAAUUCCUGAAUCUUCAGGUAAGCAGAUACUUAACCACAUUAUCAUUGUCUUUUGCCACUCACCCCAAGUUGGAGGUUCUAUGGUUUUGUACUUUAAGCUGGUGGUAUAAUUGUCAAGCAUGUAAAUUCUGGCAUUCUUCCUGGUACUGCUAGAGCAUUGUUAUUUCUAUGCAUGGGGGUAAGAAGGCUCAGAGAAGGAUCCUGGCGGAUACCCCAGUGAGAAAUCAUCAGUGGCAGCCAGUGUGUACAUACGUGGACCUAGCAUUCCUCUGGAGGCCAAGUGUUGUAAAUUGGCCUGUGGCUAUCAUCUGGCAGACUCCCUUGGGAAAGAGCCAGCCAGCCCCAUGCUUCUUUUCAGCAGCAAGGGUUAGGGAGGUUGGUUGAACUUGAAGAGCAGAUUGGACAUGGAGCAGAUUUUGACCAGUUGAAAUAAGACAUAAAUUUAUGACCCCGAGUGAGGCAGAAAUAAGGAACUUAGCAGGGGGAAUAGGAGGAGGAUGAUUAUGGCAAAUUUUGCUAUAAACUUUAGUUUUAGAAAAGAUUGAUAUUGAAAAGCCUUCAGGAUUUGCCUGUGGUUGCUACUCAAGUUAAAAAGACUGGGAGCCUGCAUUGUUUGGUCCUGGAGCUCAAGGUUUUCAGUGAAGGCUUGUCCUGGCACCUCUGGGCAUUCCUUUUCAUUACUGGUUGAGCAUCCUUCCUUCUGCUCUGUCAAUUGGCAAAAUAUGCUGGAGCACAUUCUGGACUAGCAGUUGCCUUGGGGUAGUCAGGUUGGGUAUUUGUUUGGUAUCUCUUGGUGUAGCAGACCCCAGAAUCUCAUGGCAAUUAGGAUUUGGUGGCUAAACGAAAGAGUUAGUGCAAGGAAAAGCCUAGUUGGAAUUUCUGAGUCUGGGCCAUCCUUAAGUUGCUGUCUACUGCUUGAAUGGGAAGUAAUGUCGAAUUGGAAAAUUAGCUCACCUUUUUUGUUUCUAGCUUUGCAGACAUUUAUUCCUCUGAUGAUAGGCUGAGAAAUGCCUAGGCCGGCUUAGAAGGCACACAGCAUGACAGAAGUACUCCUUCAAAGCAGCUGUGUCAAGAAGGAAGAGCUGGAAAAGUGGAUUUGCUGGGGAAUUAGAUGCAUUUAGUUUUCCACUUAUGCACAACUGCCUUCUCCAGUAUAUCAUACCAAGGUUUUUUAGGCCUUUGUGGCUUACCCUGCAGGAACAUACUGUGUCCUGUUGUUCUGGACUGUAGCAUCUUCACCACCAUCCUCUUGGCAAUGGUUUUUUGUUUGGGUUUUUUUUUUUUUUUUUUUUUGGACAAAGUAUAAUAAUAUUGAGGGACCUUUCUAGGGAGCCUUUGGUCCUUUGUCCCCAUUUUCCAAAGGGAGGGAACUUUCCUCUUAAAAGAGAUAGUGGGAACUUUUAGCCAGGUUUUUGGAAAAGGCCUGUGGGCUAUUAAUGAGAGUGAGCUGCAAAAGGAGGAAGGGUUUGUUUGGGUACUUUGAAGUACUUGGCUAGGUGUUUUCUACAGUAUCUUAUAUAAUUGCAUCUUACAGCAUCUUUACAUGCGAAAUAGUUUAUCAGUUAUCUUCAAUUGCAUAUUACAAAAUUCUGAUUAAAUUUUUCUUAAAUAAGAAAACUAUCAUUUCAUAUGACAAGAAAUCCUAAUUUAAUGUUACUCCAAGGUUGGUUAAUUCAGUGGUUCAGUGAUAACACCAAAGACUCAGUUUCUUGAAAUUUUUUUGCUCUGCCAUCCUCCAUGUUUAUCCUCACGCCAGUUCGCCUCAUGGUCCCAAUAUGGCUACUGUAAUUCCGGGAAGGAAAUACUGACAGAACCGUGUCUGGCAAAAGAGAGACAAAUUUUUCUGUGUCCUUCUAAAGCAAGGAAGUCUUCCCCUGGAAGCUCCAGCAGAUACGGCCUCAUGGCUUUGCUAGAAAUGGGUCAUCUCACUCCUGUCAUUGGCAAAGCAAGUAAGAUCAUCCAUCAGGAGUGGCUUAGAUUAAUGAAUUAUCCUUUGAGUCGUGUAGACUAGAAAGUUCAGUCAUGUCUACUAGCAAGAAAGGAGAUAAGGGCUAUUGGAUAAGCAGCAUCUGGUCUCAAAGGUACUUCAACUUUUACAGAUGAGAAACAUGAAUCAGAGUGACUUUCCCAGGCUCACAGCAAGUAAGAGAGGGCCUUCAGUGUUAGCUGUGUCUGUCCCUAAAGCCCAUGUUUUAUAUUGUAUCUUGCUAGAGUAUAAAGUAACUUACUUUCUACCUUGUAGAAACUGAUGGUCUAGGAGAAGAGAUUUGAACUCAGGUGCCCAGUUGACUCUAAUCUUGACCCAUGUGAGAGGAUUGUACUCAGUUGCUCUCCUCAUCCAGUGAUGUUUCUUGUCUAACACAAGAAGCCUAGGAGUAGAAAGUCCUAAGCAGAGUAGAAUAAUAGCGGCAGCAGGGAGGGAAGUGUGAACUGUGUGUCCCUGAGCCUGACUUACUGGGCAGGGACAUGACACUUAAAGCGGCAGCUGGCCACUCUGUCUUUCCUGCAUGCACUGAGUAUUUGGUAGCUCAUUAGUGACCAGUGAUAUUGAUCAUCUUUUCAUGUGCUCACUUACUAUCCCCAUAUCUUUGUUGUUUGCAUCUUUUACCCAUUGUAUUUGUUGUUUUUGAGACAGUGUCUCACUGUGUCACCCAGGCUGGAGUGCAGUCUCAUGAUCGCGGCUCACUGCAGUUUCUGCCUCCUGGGCUCAAGCAAUCCUCCCACCUCAGCCUCCUGAGUAGCUGGGCUUACAGGCGCACACCACCAUGCCCAGCUAAUUAAAAAAAAUUUUUUUUUUGUAGCAGUUCGGUCUCAUUAGUAUUGCCCAGGCUGGCCUCUCUUAGCUUCAAGCUAUCCUCCCGCCUCGGCCUCCCAAAGUGCUGGAAUUACAGGCAUAAGCCACUGGGCCCAGCCUCUUUUACCUGUUUCAAAAUUGAGUUUUAUUGAGUUGUAAGAGUUCUUUAUUCAUUUUAAACACAAGUCCUUUGUUGGAUAUAUCUUUUACAUCUAUUUUUCCCAGUCUGUGGCUUGCCUUUUCAUUUUGAAGAGCAAAAGUUUAAAAUUUUGUGAAUUUAUUAAAGCUCUGUUUGUUGCUUUUUUCUGUUCUAGUUUAUACUUUUGUAUCAUAUUUUAGGAAAUUUUGCACUGGGUAUUUGAUGGCUCCUGAGGAGGUUCAACUUUCAGAGCGCACUGAUUUCUCUGCACCUGAGAUUUUGUACUAUUUCUGUAUUUCUUUCUUCUCAGAACAACCAGUGUCACCAGGUAUGAGGGCAGAGUUUUAGCUUGUUUGCUGAGCCCCAUUCUUGAAGCUCAUUUAUUUAUUCACCUAUCUAUCCAUCAAUCCAACAAAUAUACUGAAUGCUGCUAUGUGCCAGGUACUGGCACUGUUCUAGGUACUGGGGCAAUGACAGUUAAGAUAAUACCCAAUGACCCUGCUCUGUACCCUUAAGAGCAGACUCAGUUGGGAAUGAGUUAUCCAAAUAUAGGGUGUACAUGUAGUCAGGAGAGAGCCUCAUACAGCUUUGCCUUUGGCAGAAUCCUUCAAACCUCUUUGUCUUCCUACUUCUUGAUAUUACAAAUGAGCCUUUCACAUGCAUUGACUCUAAAGAGGUGGGUUCCUGGAUAGCAGAAGUAGAUAGGAAGGCGUCAUUGACAUUUACUGAGAUGGACUGAAUCAGAGGGUGUAAAUUCUGCUCCAUCAAUGUUGAAAAAGACUAGCCCACCCGAAAGGUUUAUCACUGUCACCAUGUCUAAUGUCUAUUCUGGAAGAAGCUGAAGAAGUCUGUCUUUGUUUAGGGAACCAGUUCCAGAAUCAGAGGGGUUGAGGAUAUAAAAGACCCUUGCACAAGAGUUGGUAUUUACCCUGUCAGAUGCUGCUACCAAGAUUUGGAUUGUGUACAGUCGAGGAUUAAAAAUGACUUUUAAGAUGCA